ACAUCUGCGCGCAGAAACUGACACAAAGCGGGGCCUCUGCGGUUUGGGGGCUGCCGGCCAGGCUCCGCCCCCACCGCUGCGUCAGCCAAUCAGCUCCCUGGACGGCCGCCUUCUCCCUCCCCCACCCCCGCCGCCGCUCACCUCUACCCGCAGCGUCCACCACCACCUCCACCAAUUUUCAAAUCCCGGGUUGUGUACCCCUUCUCCUUGUCACGUCUCUGCAGAGGAGUCCCUUCCCCCUUUGAAGUAGCGGGUGUGGAUAUUGCUGGACUACGGAAGCGGAUCCAGCCAUGGCGACUCCGUCUGCUGCCUUUGAGGCCCUUAUGAAUGGAGUGACAAGCUGGGAUGUCCCCGAAGAUGCCAUCCCGUGUGAACUGCUUCUGAUCGGAGAGGCCUCCUUCCCGGUGAUGGUGAAUGACGUGGGCCAGGUCCUCAUUGCCGCCUCCUCCUAUGGCCGAGGCCGCCUGCUGGUGGUGUCCCACGAGGACUACCUGGUGGAGGCCCAGCUCACCCCUUUUCUCCUCAACGCAGUGGGCUGGCUUUGCUCUUCCCCUGGGGCUCCUGUUGGCGUCCACCCAUCCCUGGCGCCUCUGGCCAAAAUCCUCAAGGGCUCUGGUGUAGAGGCAAAGGUUGAACCAGAAGUGAAGGACUCCCUGGGGGUUUACUGUAUUGAUGCCUACAACGAAACCAUGACUGAAAAGUUGGUCAAGUUCAUGAAACGUGGCGGGGGCUUGCUGAUUGGAGGCCAAGCCUGGGAUUGGGCCAACCAGGGCGACGAUGAAAGGGUUCUGUUCACAUUCCCUGGGAACCUUGUGACCAGCGUGGCCGGCGUGUACUUCACCGACAACAAAGGGGACACGAGUUUCUUUAAAGUCUCUAAGAAGAUGCCCAAGAUCCCAGUCUUAGUUAGUUGUGAAGACGAUCUCUCCGAGGACAGAGAUGAACUCCUGCACGGGAUUUCUGAGCUGGACAUCAGCAACUCGGACUGCUUCCCGUCCCAGCUGCUAGUGCACGGGGCUUUAGCCUUUCCCCUGGGGCUAGAUUCCUACCAUGGCUGUGUCAUAGCGGCUGCCCGCUACGGCCGGGGCCGGGUGGUCGUGACUGGCCACAAAGUCCUUUUCACCGUUGGUAAACUGGGCCCCUUUCUGCUCAAUGCUGUCCGCUGGCUGGACGCGGGCCGCAGAGGCAAGAUCGUGGUGCAGACAGAACUGAGGACUCUGAGCGGGCUGCUCGCAGUGGGGGGCAUAGACAGCAGCAUUGAGCCCAACCUGACCGGCGAUGCCAGUGUCUAUUGCUUUGAGCCCGUGAGCGAUGUGGGAGUCAAGGAGCUGCAGGAGUUUGUAGCAGAGGGCGGGGGCCUGUUUGUUGGAGCCCAAGCCUGGUGGUGGGCCUUCAAGAACCCAGGAGUGUCCCCUUUGGCUCGGUUCCCAGGAAACCUCCUCCUCAACCCCUUUGGCAUUAGCAUCACCAGCCAAAGCCUCAACCCCGGGCCCUUUCGUACUCCUAAGGCAGGGAUAAGGACCUAUCAUUUCCGUUCCACUCUGGCUGAGUUCCAGGUUAUAAUGGGCAGGAAGAGAGGGAACGUGGAAAAGGGCUGGUUGGCAAAGCUGGGACCGGAUGGCGCAGCUUUCCUGCAGAUCCCCGCAGAAGAGAUCCCUGCCUACAUGUCGGUGCAUCGGCUCCUAAGGAAGCUGCUAAGUCGCUAUCGGCUCCCAGUAGCGACCCGAGAGAACCCUGUCAUCAACGACUGCUGCAGGGGUGCUAUGCUCUCCCUGGCCACUGGGCUGGCCCACUCUGGAAGUGACCUCUCUCUGUUAGUCCCAGAAAUUGAAGAUAUGUACAGCAGCCCCUACCUGCGCCCCUCGGAAUCUCCUAUCACCGUUGAGGUCAACUGCAACAAUCCGGGCACCAGGUAUUGCUGGAUGAGCACCGGGCUCUACAUACCCGGGAGGCAAAUUAUAGAGGUGUCGCUGCCUGAAGCUGCCGCCUCUGCUGACCUGAAGGUACAGAUCGGCUGCCACACCGACGACCUGACCAGGGCCAGCAAGCUGUUCCGAGGCCCCCUUGUGAUUAACCGCUGCUGCCUGGACAAGCCCACCAAGUCGAUCACCUGCCUCUGGGGGGGCCUCCUGUACAUCAUUGUGCCUCAGAGCAGCAAGCUGGGCCCUGUGCCCGUCACGGUUAAGGGGGCUGUGCACGCUCCCUACUACAGGCUAGGGGAGACAUCCCAGGAGGAAUGGAAGAGGCGUGUCCAGGAGAAUCCAGGUCCCUGGGGAGAGCUGGCUACAGACAACAUCAUCUUGACGGUGCCAACCGCAAACCUUCGCACUCUGGAGAACCCCGAGCCGCUGCUACGCCUCUGGGACGAGGUGAUGCAGGCCGUGGCCCGGCUGGGGGCUGAGCCUUUUCCCCUGCGUCUGCCUCAGAGGAUCGUUGCCGACGUGCAGAUCUCAGUCGGCUGGAUGCACGCAGGCUACCCCAUCAUGUGUCACCUGGAGUCGGUGCAAGAGCUCAUCAGUGAGAAACUCAUCAGAACCAAGGGGCUUUGGGGCCCCGUGCACGAGCUGGGCCGCAACCAGCAGCGGCAGGAGUGGGAGUUCCCCCCGCACACCACCGAGGCCACCUGCAACCUGUGGUGUGUCUAUGUGCACGAGACGGUCCUCGGCAUCCCUCGAGGACGAGCCAACAUUGCUCUGUGGCCCCCAGUUCGGGAGAAGAGAGUCAGAAUCUACCUGGGCAAAGGUCCCAAUGUGAAAAACUGGAACGCGUGGACGGCCCUGGAAACGUACUUACAGCUCCAGGAGGCCUUUGGGUGGGAGCCGUUCAUCCGUCUCUUCACUGAGUAUAGGAACCAGACCAACUUGCCCACAGACAAUGUCGACAAAAUGAAUCUGUGGGUGAAGAUGUUCUCCCACCAAGUGCAGAAGAACCUGGCUCCGUUCUUCGAGGCCUGGGCCUGGCCGAUCCAGAAGGAAGUGGCAACCAGCCUGGCCUAUCUGCCUGAGUGGCAGGAAAAUAUUAUGAAACUGUACCUCCUCACACAGAUGCCCCACUGAAACCGAAGUCAAGAAAUGUAAAAGAGAAUUGACACAUCUCAGCAGAGAAAACUGAAGGAAUUUGGUUAUAAGUGAAGAAGAUCUCAACACAUUUCUGGAAGAGAGAAAGUGGAAGAAGUGAUAAUGAAACAGUGCAGCUCCUUUCAGACGGAAUAUAUGCUGAUCUGAACACGUAACUCCAAAGAGAUUUGGGCACCUGAAAAGUCUGUCUACUAAAGAAUUAUGUCAGUUGUGAAACUGAACCCCAUCUCAUUCUAUCCCAACCUUUGCACAGAAUGCAGGCAACCUACCACUGGUUUCUGUUAAGUCUGUUGUUGUUGUUUAUUGUUGUUUGUGUAAAGGAAUCGAAUAAACUGCUUGAGGAGAGGUAGGAGUUGGUGCUCCAAUAUAAAUUUCUCUUUUGUGGAAAAAAGUGAGCCCCUAGCAGCUAAUUCUCUACAGAUGGCUGAGAUCCCUACUCAAGUAACCAAGUGCUUUCAGUCACAGAAAGGCUUACUGGAGAGGCAGACAGACCACACAGUGGCAGAGGGAACCCACAGCAACUCCUAUAAAAACAGUUAUACUGAUUCUUCAAUGCAAAUGGUCAGCUGGGAAUUCCCAGACAUUGAGCCUUAGGGGUAGGGGUUGGGGGAGGGACCAGGGGAGCAGCAUGUGAGAAAAAUAACCAAUCAGAAUCAGGAGAUUUGAAAAAUAUAACAAACUCUAGGGGAAACAGUUAACAUGGAAGAAAAUGACUUAAAUAUCUUCAGAGACAUCUAAGGUGCAUUGGUAAGAUAAAAACAGGAUGCUACAAAGUUAUGGAAAACCUUGAAAAUAAGAGGAGCCCUUAAAUUGAAAUAAGACUGCCAAAAAUAUUUAGUAGACAGGCUGUAAAAUAAGGUUGAGGGAAUCUCCCUAGAUAUAGAGCAAAAAGAAAUAGAAAAUAUAAAGAGAGGAAAGAGACACAGACAAUAUCUAACUGUUAGGAGUUUCUGGAAGAGAGAACACAGAAAAUGUGAAGAAGAAAAGAAUUGAACAGAAAUAAGUCUCCAAAUUGAGAGGACCCUAUACAACCUACAUCUAGACAUCAUCUUGUGGAAUUUUGGAAUAUUAAGGAUAGGGUGAAGAUACUUAAAGUGCCAAGAGAAAAAAAUAAAAUUAGGUCAUCAUAAUUAGAUCAACUAAAAGAGAUGAGAAAGAGACUGGGAGCGGAUUUUUCAUCAUCAACACAAUGCUAGAAGCCAAUAGAGGAGUGUCUUCACACAUGGAAAAUCUUUGUACCCGGAAUUCCAUAGCAAGCCAAACUGUCAAGAGUCAAGUCGAAAGAAAUUUUCUGACGUGCAAGUUUUCAGAAAAUCUACUGUCUUAGCACCUGGAAAGGAAGUUCUCUCUCACCUACUGAGGAAGUUCUCCAGCAAAAUGAGAAUGAAAAUCGGGAAAGAGAAAGAAAUGGAAUCCAGAAAACAGUGGCCCUCACCCAGGAUGGCUGACUCCAGAGUGACCAUUAUCCAAUAGGAUGGCUCACUCUAGAGUGACAGUUAUCCAAGAGACCCAUUUCAGAUAAGAGUACACAGUCUCAGGCUCUCUGGGGAGAAUAUGCAUUCCGUGCCAUAGAUAUUAUCCUUGAGAAGCUGGAAUGUUUGAGAAUAUGGAGGAGAUACAUUCUUUAGUAAACAAAAAGAACAAAACAAAAAUGUCAAAUUCAGGUUCAAUUAGGAGACAAUAAUAAAAAAAAACCUCAUGGAAUGUAAGAAGAGACUCAAUUUGACAUUGGCAGUAGGUACAUUUCAAGUGACAGGAAACAUGACAUUGGAUAUGUCUGGAAGAAAAUAUCCUAGCUUCUACUUAGCUCCCAGUAAACAGUAUUUACAAAGCCAAAAUGAGGUAGAUACUAUUUAUUGGUAUUCAGUGUUCUGAUCAGCCUAUAGGUAAAACAUGAAAGGCUUAAUCUUUUAUUCAGAAAUAAAAUGGAAAGUAAUCCUGAAAAGGAGAAAGAAAGCAGAAAGAGGUUGAGAAUUAGUUGGGGGAAGAGAGGUGGAGGGAAGAGUAGAAUUACUUACCUAUUCAACAUGGGGAUGAAAAGAUAAAAGUCUACAGUUCAUGGAACAAGGACUAAAGGAUUGUUACUGUUCAAAACUAUAAACCAAUAGAAGUAUUAACAAUGACAUCUGUCAAAAAUUUGGAAAAGGACAGGCAAAUGAAAGGUGGGAAUAGUGUAAGUUAAAUCCUUAUCUUUUGUAAUGGGGGAUUAUUAAAGAUUGUCUAAAGUUAAUAAGUCAAGAAAUUAUUGUUCAAACAUUAUUUAAAUGUUAGGAAGUUAACAGAAUAUCUAAAAAUAGAAAUUGUUAAAUGCAUUGCCUCUAGGGUAUGGGACUAGGGUUAAAAGGGUGGGGUGGGAAACUGUUUUUCAUUUUAAGCCCUUCUGUACUAUUUAAUUUUUUACCUUGUGCAUGUAUUACUUUGAAAAAUUUUUAAUAAACUUAAAUAAAAACCCUUCAGUGGCUUCAUACUGACUAAGAUACAGUCCAAUCAAAACACUUAAAAUGGCUUAUAAGGCCCUCAAGUAUUUGGAUCCACCCAAUGUGUCCAAGGCCCAUCACAUCUCCCCAUUACUCUCUCGUUCUAACCACACUAAAUACCUUCCAGCUAUUCAGACACACUUCCCCUUCUCGCUUCUACAGGUGUUCCACAGAAAACAAAUCGUGUCCCGAUCUCCCCAUGUGUCUG